CAGAGGCCUGCUGUGUCCCCCUGAGAGCAGAACCCUCCUUGUUGGGAAGCCAGCUCCUGCUGUGCGUGGCUGCUGAUCUUCUGGGGCCUCUGAUUUGCAGGUCGCUGUGCUCCCAGUGAAACUGCCUCCGCAUUAGUUUCAGGCCACUUCACAGAUCUGGGUUUGCAGCCUUGCAAGCUCCAGGACCAGCCGCCUCCUAAUGACCCUUUCUCCUUCCAUGGAGGUGACAGCCUGAGCUCUCCCCAGACACGCUGCUAAGGUGCUGGUGGGGACUUGGCAGGGAUGGUGGCCUGUUCCCUGAAAUCAUGUCCUAAGAGAGACCAGCCCAGCUCAGGGGAGGCCAACCCUUAAAGCACCAUGAGGCCUCCAGGGGACAUUUCCCCAGCAGGCCAGUCUCAGAAGGAAGGAGGGUCCACAGCCAGCACCAUGACAGAGCUGGAGACAGCCAUGGGCCUCAUCAUCGACGUCUUCGCCCGGUACUCAGGCGGUGACGGCCGCCGGCAGACCCUGACCAAGGGGGAGCUGAAGCAGCUCAUGGAGAAGGAGCUCCCCGGCUUCCUGCAGAGCGGAAGGGACAAGGAUGCUGUGGGCAGGCUGCUCAAGGACCUCGAUGCCAACGGAGAUGCCGAGGUGGACUUCAGUGAGUUCAUCGUGUUUGUAGCCGCACUCACGUCUGCCUGCCACAAGUACUUUGCACAGACAGCAUCCAAGUGAUGCCCUGCACCGGAAGGACCUGGGAGGAGUCCCUGGCUCCCAGCCUCUGUUGGCAAUUACUUCCUUGGGCUGAGCCAAAGUCCCCUAAUUAAUAAAUGCUGGUGAAUGAU